AUGGCGAACUCCUCAAGUCUUCUCUUUGAAGCCCGCUGCCUUCGUGAGGUAGUUCGCUGCUCACUUGCUGAUGAAGACCCCUGUCAGGGUGGCUCGCACAAAGUGUUCAAGAUUGUUUUUAAAGAUUCCGUACAGUGGGCUGCUCGUGUCUGCCAUGAUCCCGACAACUGGAAGUAUGAACUGCGUGCUGUUAAGAUGUUUCAACACAUCAAACAAAGCCACCCAGACAUCAAAGCGCCAGGUGUGCUUUUCAAGGCAGAACACCCUGUUUUAUAUUCAGAGUGGGUUAGUGGCGAACCGCUGGCGGUUUGGAAUUCCCAGAUCCCUCUUAACAAACGCCAAAGGCUCCUCGAGGACCUUGCGGAGUUCCUACUGCAAUUAUGGACCACUGCAGCCCCCCCCCUAAUUUUGAGCCAGAGCCAAAGCCCCGACUAUGCUGGUGAGUAUGACAAGUACACAGAUGUUGGCUUCGCCCAUGGGGACUUGAAUACGUAUAAUAUCAUGAAAGGCGAUCACUUCCAUUUGACAGGGGUUAUCGACUGGGAUUGGAUAUCACUCGCACCGCUUCCCGCUGUGAUUCAUCACCCUUGGUUCAUUGCAGAUAUUCCGGGAUGGAGGAAUAACGGGCUUGCCGAAGGAGAAAGCUUUGGCGACGACCGGUGUUUCCUUGAGAAUGCAAUUAAGGCCAAAGAAACAUCACAACAGUUGCCAGAUACCGUGUCAACACUACUGCGUGAUUCCGGAAGAAGGCUUUUCUUCCAGUCAGCUUUUUACAUUAAGGGCAUCUAUGAGAAAUUUGUUAAGAUGCACUGUACACGGAUAGAAGAGAACAUCAAGGCUGCGACUUUACAGUUGGAUGCUGUGCUUUCCUUGUAUCCCGAGUGGAGCGAAGUAGAAGGGGUGCAUAGGAUUAAGGGGAAACUUGAUGAAUACUAUAUACGAUAG